GCUGUUUGUGGUUUGUUUGAGCAAGGUGCUCUCACUGUCUCUGCCGUCGCGUCGGCGGCCUUGCGUUGCCGCAGCUGCUCUGUUCUGACGCUUGGGGCACUGCUGCGUUGCCACGCUCAAUCGUCUUGCGUUUACCGACGUGUGCGGUGCUAUUUAGGCUGAGCUGCGAGGCAGGCUCUCCGGCAGCACAGCCUGCAAAACCGCUCCAGCCACAGCUGCGCUAAUUUGACAGCUCGCUGUGCGUUCACGUGCAGCCAAAAGCGCGACGAGACAAGCCUCAAAGGCGCCCACGCGUGCCGGCGCCACAAAAGAAUGGCAGCCUUGACAGCAGCACUGGAGAGUUGCAAACUCGACGGCUUCGCGCUCGCGGACCAACCCAGGAAGCUGCGUGACGACGACAAGCUUGUGCUUGCUGCUGUCUCUGAAAAUGGCGGCGCGCUACAGUACGCGAGCGAGCGCUUGAGAGACGACGACGCAGUUGUCCGAGCGGCCGUGACCUGCCAGGGCGAAGCGCUCGAGCACGCCUCGGAGCGUCUUCGCGGCGACGCGGCGAUCGCGUCGAUCGCCUGCACCAAAGCGGGCUGGGCCCUGCGACACUGUUCGGCGGCGCUCCAAGACGACGAACGCGUCGUCGCCACGGCCGUAGACAACGAUGGCUCGAGCCUCAAGUUCGCGAGCGCGCGCCUGCGGGGCGACGCCACGUUCGUCGCGCAGCACGGCGGCCGCGCCAUCCUCGAGGCCGCCGACGCGAGCCUGCGAGCCGACGCGACCGUCUGCGCCGCCUGCUGCGCCAGGGACGGCGAGGCGCUGUCAUUGUGUCCCGAGGCGAUCAGGAAGGACCGCUCCGUGGUGCUGGCGGCCGUCAAGAGCUGCGGCGCGGCCCUGCGCCACGUCGACGACGCCAAGCUGCUCGCCGACGCGGAAAUUGUCCUGGGGGCGGCCGCGUCGUGGGGCGGCGCGUUGGAGCGGUGCUCGCCGAGAUUGAAACAAGACCCGGCCUUCAUAAGAAAAGCAGUGGCCAUCGACCCGUGGCACCUGCAGCACGCCGACGGCCCGGCGGCCCAGGACAGGGCGGCCGUCCUCGAGGCCGUGACGCGCGACGGCUCGGCCCUCCAGUUCGCCCCUCAUGCCCUUAGGGCCGACGCCGACGUGGUGAGCAAGGCCGUCACCGCGCCGGCGGGCGACGGUCGAGCGGGGGACGCCCUAGCUUACGCCGACGAGGAGCUGCGCGCGGACGCGACUAUAGUCCUAGCCGCCGUCAAAGUCGCCCCGCAAGCCCUGCAGCACGCGUCGCCCGAGCUCCUCGCGGAUCGCAAAUUCGCCGAAAAAGCCGUCAAGCUCGACUGGCGGUGCCUCGCGAGCGUGUCAAAAGAACUGCGCGCGGACAAGAAAUUAGUUGAAAGCGCCUUGAAGCAGUCCGCGGACGCGCUCGCGUUGACGCCGCUCGACGCGGAGCCGAAGGUCGCUCUGGUUGCGGUCAAGAAGGAUGGGUUGGCUCUCUGCCACGUGCGAUCAAGCGCUCAAACGAAGGACGUCGUCCUCGCGGCCGUGAAGCAGAACGUCGAGGCGCUCCAGUUCGUCGCCGACGAGUCCUUACUGCGCGACAAGGACGUCGUCGCGGCCGCGAAGAAGCGGGGAGUCGUGCUCGAGGGCGACGACGAGGACGAGUAGCGUUGUGUAAAUAUAUGAGAGUG